GCUCCCCUACUGGGCUCCGCCUUCUUUUCAUGCCAAUUUCUAAGCUCCACGCAGCUUUUCUGCUCGGACGUCCGCCCCGCCUCUGUCGGGGGGCGUAGUCCUUCACCUUGCCCCUCUGUUUCCGGCCUCCUCAGAGCGCGUCUCCAGGCCCCCUUCCGCAGUUCCUGUCUCUUUAGCUGGGUUCCGCGUUUUAGCACCCCACCCCCCUUGCCGGAGCCCACGAGGUUGUCCCCUUUCCCCCGGAGAGGGUGAGGGAGACCUAGCGGCGUGCUUGCAUGUCCCGGGUCGCCCAGGACUACAUUUCCCACCAGGCCCAGCGGCGGGCGCCGCGGCUGCGGUCAGGUGACCGGGUCGCCUGACCUGCGGAUUGCAGUGGGUUUCCCCCGAGGAGAGCUGACUGCCCUCUGCUGCUGCCGACCUUUUGGCAGAGUUGAGCCAAAAUGUCCCCGGAAUCUAAAAAGCUUUUCAACAUCAUUAUUUUAGGAAUUGCCUUUAUGUUUAUGUUCACCGCCUUUCAAACUUGUGGAAAUGUAGCGCAAACUGUCAUCAGGAGCUUAAAUAGCACAGAUUUUCACGGCAGUGGCUAUACCAGCAUGGCAAUUAUUUAUGGAGUGUUCUCGGCUUCAAAUUUGAUUACGCCGUCAGUGGUUGCCAUUGUAGGACCUCAACUCUCUAUGUUUGCUAGCGGUUUAUUUUACAGCAUGUACAUUGCCGUUUUUAUCCAGCCUUUCCCGUGGUCCUUCUACACAGCCUCUGUUUUCAUUGGAAUUGCAGCUGCUGUACUUUGGACAGCACAGGGAAACUGCCUGACAAUAAAUUCAGAUGAACACACUAUUGGGAGAAACAGUGGAAUUUUCUGGGCACUCUUACAAUCUAGCUUGUUCUUUGGAAAUCUCUACAUAUAUUUUGCUUGGCAAGGGAAAACUCAAAUAUCAGAGAGUGACCGAAGAACAGUGUUUAUUGCCCUGACAGUGAUUAGCCUUGUGGGGACAGUUCUCUUCUUUCUUAUUCGGAAACCAGAUUCUGAAAAUGUCCUGGGAGAAGAUGAAUCUUCUGAUGACCAGGACCUGGAUGUCAACGAGUCUGCCCAGAACAAUAUGACAAAGGCAGUAGAUGCAUUUAGUAAGUAUUUUCUGUGUCUGAAAUGCAAGAACUGUUCAGGAACAACUUCAGCAUUUGCCUUUCCCCCUUUCCCUGGUAACUUUGGAUUGACGAUACCCCAGUAUUUUCAUGUUUCCAGGUAUGCCGCUCUGAAAUAUGCUAGUCUGCUCAAAAAGUCUCUUAAGUUAUGUGUCACCAAGGAGAUGCUCCUUCUUAGCAUUACAACUGCUUAUACAGGUCUGGAAUUGACUUUCUUCUCUGGUGUAUAUGGAACCUGUAUUGGCGCUAUAAAUAAAUUUGGAACAGAAGAGAAAAGCCUCAUUGGACUUUCUGGCAUUUUCAUUGGCAUUGGAGAAAUUUUAGGUGGAAGCCUCUUUGGCCUGCUGAGCAAGAACAGUCGUUUCGGUAGGAAUCCAGUCGUGCUGUUGGGCAUCCUGGUGCAUUUCAUAGCUUUUUAUUUAAUAUUUCUCAACAUGCCUGCGGAUGCCCCUAUCGCUCCUGUUGAAGGAACUGACAGCAGUGCUUACAUCAAACCCAGCAAAGAAGUUGCCAUCUUCUGCAGCUUCCUGUUGGGUCUUGGAGACAGCUGCUUCAAUACCCAGCUGCUUAGUAUUCUAGGUUUUCUCUAUUCUGAAGACAGUGCACCAGCUUUUGCAGUCUUUAAAUUUGUGCAGUCCAUUUGCGCAGCCGUGGCAUUUUUCUACAGUAACUACCUUCUCCUUCACUGGCAACUCCUGGUCAUGGUGAUGUUUGGGUUUUUUGGAACUGUUUCCUUCUUCACUGUGGAGUGGGAAGCUGCUGCCAUUGUAGCCCGGGGCUCUGACUACCGAAGUAUUUGAUGAAGGGUGCCCACGAGAGGAGGCUGCCUCUUCAGACAGCUCGGCUGGGCGGCAGGGCUCGGUGGAGGAGGCCCGCUCUCGUCUUCACAGCACAUUGGAGGAUGCUUAGGAUGGAAAGUCAGAGAUUUAAGACUGCUAAGUCUGCCAGAGUUGGUAUUCAAGUUUACAGAUGUUAGUUGUUUGAAACUAGUGGAAUAAGGGAGACUUGUACUGUCGAUUAUGAUUGUUCAAAGAUGUUGUUUUUCAGUUCAUCUCUCUCGUGUUCCUUUUGAUCAUGUUAUCGAUGUGUAGGUGUUUUCUUCUCCCCCUGUUCUCUUUGAACGAUCAUGCUUUGAUUGAAACUACUAGGCCAUAUGUCAUAUAAAGACUCUUGCUGGGUAUGGUGUAUGUGUUACUAUGUAAUAAAAGGGAGCAUAUGCCACCCCACGCGUGUCUGGGAAUGACAUUUAAAUAAAUCAUGUGAUGCUGAAAUGGAAUCUUUGAAAAGAUUUGCACAUUCUUUCUCUUUAAAUGUUUUUGUUUGAUAAAGUUUUCUUACCUUGUAGUUCAUAGCAAGGGGGGUCGGUAAUCAACUAUUAUGAAAUGAGGUAAAAAUUGUCUUAAGUUUUAAAAACAGGAACCUAACAUUUGUAAAUGAACAAAAACACAUUUACUGGGGGAGGAUUUUGCUAGUAAUUUUCCUGGAGGAUGCAAUGCGUUAAAAAAAAAAAAACCCCAAAACAUGUAGUGAGGUCUAAGCUAUGGUGGCAGGCUGCCGUCACUUACAUAUCUUCUUACAGCAGACACCAUUCCAUAAGCGUGUCUGGGAAUGGAAUGUAACUGUUUGGGGGGAGGUGUUUAAAUGGAAAUGUUACCUUUAAUCCAUAAGAGCUUAAAACACUUAUUUUAAUUGAGGUAUAAUUCAGACACCAUAAAAUUCACCACUGUAAAGUAUACAGUUUAGUGUUCUUUUAGUACAUUCACAGGGUUGUACAACUGUCACCAUUAUCUCUUCCGAACACUUUCAUCAUCCCAAAGAGAAGCCCCGUGCCUGUUAGUAGCCAUUCCCCAUUCUCUG